AUGGCUAACAUACACAAUGUGACUGAAUUCAUUUUUCUGGGACUUUCUUCUAAUCAAGAGGUGCAGAGAGUUUGCUUUGUGAUAUUUCUGCUCUUGUACACAGCAAUUGUGCUGGGGAAUUUCCUCAUUGUUCUCACUGUCCUGACCAGCAGAAGUCUUGGUUCUCCCAUGUACUUCUUCCUUAGCUAUCUGUCCUUUGUGGAGAUCUGCUACUCCUCCACUAUAGCCCCGAAACUCAUCUCGGAUCUGCUGGCUGAAAGGAAAGCCAUAUCUUUGUGGGGCUGCAUGACACAGCUUUUCUUCAUCCACUUCUUCGGUGGAACUGAGAUUUUCCUGCUCACCAUGAUGGCUUAUGACCGCUACGUGGCCAUCUGCAAGCCUCUCAACUAUACAACCACCAUGAACCAGCAGGUUUGUGCUGUCCUUGUGGGAAUCGCAUGGGUGGGAGGAUUUGUACAUUCCUUCGCCCAAAUCCUUCUCAUCUUCCAUUUGCCUUUCUGUGGCCCCAAUGUAAUUGACCACUACUUCUGUGACCUGCUCCCCCUGCUCAAACUUGCCUGCUCUGAUACCUUCCUUACUGGUCUGCUGAUUGUUGCUAAUGGGGGCACCUUGUCUGUGAUCAGCUUUGUGGUUCUUUUAGCCUCCUAUGUGGUCAUCUUGCUCCAUCUGAGGACUAAGAGCUCUGACGGGCGGCGCAAAGCCCUUUCCACCUGUGGAUCACACAUCACUGUGGUUAUCUUGUUCUUUGGACCCUGCAUCUUCAUCUAUCUAAGGCCUUCUACCACUCUGCCUGUAGAUAAGAUGGUGGCUGUGUUCUAUACAGUAAUAACCCCUCUACUCAACCCUGUCAUCUACUCUCUGAGAAAUGCUGAAGUGAAGAAGGCCAUGAAGAGGCUAUGGGUCAGGACAAUGAAACUAGAUGAGAAAUAG